AUGAUCACAGUCAACCCCGAUGGGAAGAUAAUGGUCAGAAGAUGCCUGGUCACCCUGAGACCCUUUCGGCUUUUUGUCCUGGGCACUGGCUUCUUCUCGCUCUGCUUCCUGAUGACUUCUCUGGGAGGCCAGUUCUCGGCCCGGCGCCCGGGGGACUCCCCCUUCACCAUCCGCACAGAAGUGAUGGGCGGGCCAGAGUCCCGUGGUGUCCUCCGCAAGAUGAGCGACCUGCUGGAGCUGAUGGUGAAGCGCAUGGACACGCUGGCCAGACUGGAGAACAGCAGCGAGCUGCACCGGGCUGCCAGCGACGGGCAUUUUGCCGUGGACAGGCUCUCUGCCGGGACUGGCCUCAUGGAGCGGAUCCAGACCAUCGCCCAGAACGUCUCGGACAUCGCGGUGAAGGUGGACCAGAUCCUGCGUCACAGCCUGCUGCUGCAUAGCAAGGUGUCUGAAGGCCGGCGGGACCAGUGUGAGGCGCCCAGUGACCCCAAGUUCCCUGACUGCUCAGGGAAGGUGGAGUGGAUGCGUGCACGCUGGACCUCUGAUCCUUGCUACGCCUUCUUCGGGGUGGACGGCACCGAGUGUUCCUUCCUCAUCUACCUCAGUGAGGUCGAGUGGUUCUGCCCCCCGCUGCCCUGGAGGAACCAGACGGCCACCCAGAGGGCUCCCAAGCCCCUCCCCAAAGUCCAGGCAGUUUUCCGGAGCAAUCUGUCCCACCUCCUGGAGCUGAUGGGCAGUGGGAAGGAAUCGCUAAUCUUCAUGAAGAAACGCACCAAGCGGUUCACGGCCCAGUGGGCACUGGCCGCCCAGCGCCUGGCGCAGAAACUAGGGGGCGUCCGGAGGGACCAGAAGCAGAUCCUCGUCCACAUCGGCUUCCUGACGGAGGAGUCGGGGGACGUGUUCAGCCCGCGGGUGCUGAAGGGCGGGCCUCUGGGGGAGAUGGUGCAGUGGGCAGACAUCCUGGCUGCUCUCUAUGUCCUGGGCCAUGGCCUCCGGAUCACAGUGUCUCUGAAGGAGCUGCAGAGUAACUUAGGGGUGCCGCCAGGCCGGGGGAACUGCCCGCUCACCAUGCCCCUGCCGUUCGACCUCAUCUACACCGACUACCACGGCCUGCAGCAGAUGAAGCAGCACAUGGGACUCUCCUUCAGGAAGUACCGGUGCCGCAUUCGGGUCAUCGACACCUUUGGGACCGAACCUGCGUACAACCACGAAGAAUACGCCACGCUGCAUGGCUACCGGACCAACUGGGGCUACUGGAACCUCAACCCCAAGCAGUUCAUGACCAUGUUCCCUCACACCCCAGACAACUCCUUCAUGGGCUUCGUGUCCGAGGAGCUCAACGAGACAGAGAAGCAGCUCAUCAAAGAUGGCAAGGCCAGCAACAUGGCGGUGGUGUACGGCAAGGAGGCGAGUAUCUGGAAGGGGAAGGAGAAGUUCCUGAGCAUUCUGAACAAGUACAUGGAGGUCCACGGCACUGUGUACUACGAGAGCCAGCGGCCCCCCGAAGUCCCGGCCUUUGUGAAGAACCAUGGCCUCUUGCCGCAGCCUGAGUUCCAGCAACUGCUGCGCAAGGCCAAACUCUUCAUAGGGUUUGGCUUUCCCUAUGAGGGCCCUGCCCCGCUGGAGGCCAUCGCCAAUGGCUGUGUCUUCCUGCAGUCCCGGUUCAGCCCACCCCACAGCUCCCUCAACCACGAGUUCUUCCGGGGCAAGCCCACCUCCAGAGAGGUGUUUUCCCAGCAUCCCUACGCAGAGAACUUCAUUGGCAAGCCCCAUGUGUGGACCGUCGACUACAACAACUCAGAGGAGUUUGAAGCAGCCAUCCAGGCCAUCAUGACAACCCAGGUGGACCCCUACCUGCCCUACGAGUACACGUGUGAGGGGAUGCUAGAGCGAAUCCAUGCCUACAUCCAGCACCAGGACUUCUGUGCAUCCCCGGGGCCUGCCCCACCUGGGGCCCGAGCCCCGCAGAGCCCUUUCAUCCUGGCUCCCAACGCCACCCACCUGGAAUGGACCCGCAACGCCAGCUUGGCCCCGGGGGCCUGGCCCCCAGCGCACUCCCUCCGGGCCUGGCUGGCUGCCGCGGGGAGGGCCUGCACGGACGCCUGCCUGGACCACGGGCUGAUCUGCGAGCCCUCCUUCUUCCCCUUCCUCAACAGCCAGGACGCCUUCCAGAAGCUGCAGGUGCCCUGUGAUGGCAUUGAGUCAGAGAUGAACCACCUGUACCCGGCCUUCGCCCAGCCCGGCCAGGAGUGCUUCCUGCAGAAGGAACCUCUGCUCUUCAGCUGCGCCGGCUCCAGCACGAAAUACCGGCGGCUCUGCCCCUGCCGAGACUUCCGCAAGGGCCAGGUGGCCUUGUGCCAGGACUGUCUGUGA